AAUAUUUUCUAAUUAAUGGAAAAUAUCCUGUUAAAAUUAAGGAAAAUGAUUUCCAUUAAAAACGGAAAUCGUCUCUCGCGUUGCGCUUCUUCCUCUCUUCUCGUUUCCAGAGCUUCAUUUCCCCAUCCAUGGCUUCUUCGUCCGUCACAACAUUUUUCAUUUGUCCCUAUCAAAGCUCCUCCUCCUCCGCGGCUACCUUGCGCUUUUAUUCUAGAUAGCAGAGUAGAGAGGGUGUUUAUCGUUCUCACUUUCAAUCAAAUUCCAGAUCCAGCUAGCUGGGAGGGAAUUGCACAUGAUUCACGUGUUUUAGCUGAUGCACUUUCAAAGCCGAAUGGAUUGAAAGUUCCUAGAGGAAAGUAUUAUCUUGCCGAUGCUGGCUAUGGAAUCCAAAGUAGGUUCAUCUCUCCCUAUCACGAUGCUGGACACCAUUUGAAGGAGUUCGGUGAUCGCCCGCCUAAAAAUGAGAAAGAAUUAUUCAAUCGAUGUCAUUCAUCUCUAGGAAUAACUGUUGAAGAGUAUUUGGGGUGUUAAAGAAGCGUUUUUGAGCAUUGGAUUCUGAAUCUUUUUGGUCUUUCGAAACACAAGUUGAUGUUGUCAUGGCAUGUUGUAUCAUUCACAAUUUUAUCAUGGGAUUUGAUCCUAAUGACCCUAUCAUGGAAGAGAUGAAUAGCCAAAUGGAAUCUCAAAGAGAAAAUCCAAGAGUCCAACUUACUCAAAGAGAGGAAAAGGAGGAAAACAGAAUAUGGGCAUCAAAAAGGGAUAUGAUUGCGCAUGUAAUGUAUGGAUUGGUUAUCAAAGGAUUAGAAGAAGCCAGUAGUUUUUUCUUUUGUUUCUUUUUAGUGCUUCAUUUAGAACAUGUGUUCUUUCUUUUUAUUUUGUUAUUGAAAGUACUUUGAGAAUGAUUAUAGUAUGGAUACUAUUGGACCAAUUCUAUCUAUCAUUUUCAUAUUUGUAACUCGUUCUCUUAUUGACAUUGCUUCAAG